UACUUAUUACUGUUCCAAAGGGAUAGAAGUCUGGCGCUCGACACACGCGUGUAAUCCCCGUUUAAAUGUAAAACUUUAGUCUGCAUUUGCUGACGACAAAAUUGGAUGUACUAUAGCGUUUUGAUGCAACUUGAUCGGAUUCAUUGUUUUUUGAAAAGGAAUUAGGAUUUGUUUUUCACAUGAAAGUGUGUGGCCCCGCACUGUGUUCUGGUGCCUCCCAUGUCCUGGCCUGCUAAGCCUCGUGUCUCCUCACUGGGCCUGGGCAAUAGCUGAACCAGGGCUGCUGCUGGUACUACUGCUGCUGGUACUGGUACCGCUACUUGUACUGGUGGUGGUGGGUGUCCCAACCCGGGGGCCUGGAGGAGCCCUGUCGACCUCCCAGCCACACGAAGAUGAACAAACUGACCGGCUUCCACAAUAACAAAGCUAUGCAGGACCGCCGCUGUGUCUGUGUCUUUCUCCCCAACGACGACACGCUUAACGUCAUCGUCAAUGUGAAGACUUUGUGCCAGGAGCUGCUCAUCCAGGUGUGUGACCUGCUCCGACUGAAGGACUGUCACCUGUUUGGACUCAGUGUCAUUCAGAACAAUGAGCAUAUCUACAUGGAGCUGGGCCAGAAGCUGUCCAAGUACUGUCCCAAGGAGUGGAAGAGAGAGGCCAGCAAGGGCAUCGACCAGUUUGGGCCUCCCAUGAUUAUCCACUUCAGGGCUCAGUAUUACGUUGAGAAUGGGAGAUUAAUAAGUGACCGCUCGGCCAGGUACUACUACUACUGGCACCUGAGGAAGCAGGUGUUGCUGUCUCAGUGUAUCCAGAGAGAGGAGGCUUACUUUCUGCUGGCAGCCUUCGCCCUCCAAGCCGAUAUGGGCAACUUCAAACGCAACAAGCACUUUGGGAAGUACUUUGAACCUGAGGCCUACUUCCCCCCAUGGGUGAUAGCCAAGCGAGGCCGGGACUACAUCCUGAGACACAUCCCCAACAUGCACAAAGACCAGUUUGCCCUCACCGCCUCCGAGGCUUAUCUCAAAUACAUCAAGGAGUGUUCCCUUCUGGAUGAUGUCACUGUCCACUACUACAGACUCUAUAAGGACAAAAAGGAAGUGGAGGCUUCUCUUACCUUAGGACUGACCCUGCGUGGAAUCCAAAUAUUCCAGAACAUGGGGACAGUGAGACAGCUCUUGUAUGAUUUUCCCUGGAGCAACGUGGGCAAACUGGUAUUUGUGGGGAAGAAGUUUGAGAUCCUGCCUGAUGGUCUUCCGUCGGCCCGUAAGCUGAUCUACUACACCGGUUGUCCCCUGCGUUCCCGCCACCUCCUGCAGCUGCUCAGUAACAGCCAUCGCCUCUACAUGAACCUGCAGCCUGUCCUCAAACAGGUCCGCAGGCUGGAGGAAAACGAAGAGAAGAAGCAGUACCGUGAGUCGUACAUCAGCGAUGCUUUGGAGCUGGAUAUGGACGGGCUGGACAAGCGUUCCCGGGCCAGCGGUAGCAGUGCCGGCAGCACUGUGUCUCACCUCAAACACCUGUCUCGCCACUCUACCACCAGCCACGGUAGCUCACACACCUCGGGCAUCGAGACAGACAGUUUCCGGGCCCCCGGAGGGACCCCACAUCGAGCCCUAAGGACUUGCAGCUCCUCAACGAUUAGCCAUGGGAGCUCACACACCUCAGGGGUGGAGAGUGGGGGAAAGGAGCGCAUGUUGGACGAUGAUGAGAUUGAGAUGUUAGUGGACGACCCUAAAGACUAUGAGGAGCUCCAUGAGCUGGCCCUAGAGUUGAACCAGGACCUGUGCAUCCACAUCACUGAGGACAUGCUGACCAUGACCCCUGACCAGACCAAUGGAUACUCAGGGCUCAUAGUGAAGGACGUUGGCUCAUCCACCUCCAGUUCCUCUGAGACCGUGGUCAAGAUGAGAGGCCAGAGCAUUGUGUCUCUCCCUCAGACCUCGAUGUGCAGGAAGCCUCAGACGUCAACUGACCGCCACAGCCAAUCCCUUGAUGACGUGCGUCUCUACCAGAAGGGCUGUCUCCAUUGGGCGGAGCUAUGCCAGGACACCGCCCACAGCUACACCUUCGGCUGUGCCCAGGAGCUGAGCGACAGCAGCGGUUACCAGGGCAACCUGGCCGAGCAGUGCGCUGGUAUUCGCGGUGACCAGCUUGACUGCUUCCCCAUCAAGAGGACCAGCAAGUACUUUUCCCUGGACCUGACCAGCGAAGAGGUCCCAGAGUUCGUGGUGUGAUGGCCGAACAGGGGGAGACGGGGAUGAGGAGGCAGAAAGGGUGACCUCAAGAUCCCUGCUCCCCUGCCUCCACAUCUCAGAUUUGGAGAUGCCUCAGGAAACUGAAUGGGACGAGAGAAGAGGGUUGGAGGUUUGGAGAGGUGAUACUUGGUUGUCUUUCUAUUGCCCUAACCUGUCAGCCAUAACCUGUCAGCACCAGACUUGUGAAAAGUCAGAUGGACUGUAAAAGCCCUACAUCCACCAGACUGACAUCAACAUAACCAUGUAACCACCUGAGACGACAUACGUAACACACUACAGAGACAAAUAACUGACAGUGAAAGCCCUUUGAGGUAUUCUUUUUGCCAAAAUGGCAAUAAAUAAAAAAGGAUGAACAUUUGCUGGGUUUCAAGAAAACCUAUCUGCGCCUUUUAAUUGGACCGAUGCUGGUUGGGAAUGGAGUGUAAAAGGAAAAGUAAGGGAAUGUCGAAAUAUCUCACCAUCACUUUUUUAUUCAAACAACCUCUGACUGUCUGCGUUUCCAAAGCAUGUACUCUCUCCAGAUGUUUUCUGGAUCUGAUUCUUGUGCUUGCGAAGAGAAAUAAUACUUAAUUCGCACAGAAAACAAAAACAAACGUUCUGAUGUUAACACACUUGCGUGUGCCUACUUCGACUUUACUAAUGCAGUGCAAACAAACAAACACACACACAGCGAAGAUAUCAAAAUAUUCUACCAUGGAGAGUAGAUCCCACUCUCCUUUCCCUACAGAAAGAAGGGAACUCUCAUUGAUAGUCAAGCUAGAUGUGCUAUGAACCAAAGACAAGUUACACUAAGCACGAAAAUAAAAGCCACUUGGCUCCAA